UUCCAGCUGGCGAACCAAAAUAGAGAGCUCGAGAGCGGCCGGCACAUUAUCGUAGUCUGCAAAUUUCGCUGCCUUUGGAGUCCUUGCAGCAGUUUAAUCCGGAGCAGGGGACUGUAUUGUUUUCAAGCAAGAUUGGCGGUUGUGCCAGAAGGAAGUGCAAGAAUUCCGCGAGUGCAUGGCCAAUUAUACAAAGCUGCAGCAAGAACAGAACAGCAAACACGCUUAACAAGAUGCCACGGCUGUUCUUCUACGGACUGAAAAUGGCCCUCGUCAUCAGAACUGAUUUGCAAAUGAAGAAAGGUAAAAUUGCUUCACAAUGUUGUCAUGCUGCUAUUGGGUGCUACAGGCAAGCUCUCAGAGACACUCCCGAACUGCUGUCCAAGUGGGAAAUGGUCGGAGAACCAAAAAUUGUGCUGAAGUGUGAGAACGAGCUUGAAAUAUUUGACCUGCAUGCAAAAGCCAUGACCCUUGGCUUCAACACAGUCCUGAUAAGAGAUGCCGGACACACUCAAGUGGCCCCGGGCACUGUCACAGCCCUCGGGAUUGGUCCAGCAGAGGUCGACCCGUUAGUGAAAGGACUGAAACUUUUGUAGUGCCAUUCAAGAGCGAUGUUUUCUUUCCAUCGUGAAAUAAUAAAACUAAAAGGUAAUGUUAUUUUUAACUAAACAAAUUUAUUUUCCACGUUGAGAUGAUCACAAAGACUAUCUUUAAAUGGCAAUAUAUAAUUCAUUAUGAGGU